AUGGCUACCCCUAGUGUCCUCACCUUUGAUGCUCAGGGCAGUGCUGUUGACUUUGAGGUCUGGGUCGAUGACCUUCAGCUGUUUCUUCAGUGCGAUAGGGCGGACGGCCUCUCCCUGUUUAACCUCACUUAUGGUGCCUCUCCUGCCCCUGCUGCUGAUGCUGACGCCACAAUUCGCUCACAGUGGGCCACGCGCGAUGCUGCUGCUCGCCUUGCUGUGCGCCGCCACUUACCGACCACUGAGCGUGCACACUUUAGCCAGUACAAGAGUGCUCAGACCUUGUACGGCGCUGUAGUUGCACGCUACUCUUCCCCUGCCACUGCUGCACUGAGCCGCCUCAUGCUACCGUACCUCUUCCCUGACCUUGCUGCCUUUCCCACAGUCGCUGACCUCAUUAUGCACCUCCGCACUAGUGAUACUCGCUACCGCACAGCGCUUCCUGCUGAUCAGGACCACUUCCUCUCAGUUUGCCCCACCUCUCUCGCCGUUGACCUCCUCGAGAAGGCCCUCAUAGCGAUAGAGAAGAGCAUAGUCGCUAUAGGAGCCUCUCGUGGUGACCCUCGCACCCCCGUCUUUGAGGGGUGUUCUCCUUCCCCCCUCUUGCCCUUUGUUGCCUCUACUGCUGCGGCCGACCUUGUUGGUUUUGAGUCGAUCGGCGCUACGUCUGCCCCGAGCGGGAGACGCCGCACCGGCAAGGGCAAGGGGGGCAUGGGCGCUGGAGGGACUGGAGGGGGCGUUGAGGUGGUGGUGGAUGCAGUGGAGGGAGUGGGGGUGGUGGUGGGAGUGGUGCCGGGGGUGGCGGCGGCGGCGGCGGCGGCACUGGAGGCGGCGGAGGUGGUGGAGGUGGCGGAGGGAGCGGAGGCGGCGGAGGUAGUGGCGAAGGCGGAGAUGGAGGAGGCGGCGGUGGCGGCGGCGGUGGUGGAGCGGGUUGCGACUCUACGCAGAGGAGUGGCGCCGGUGGUGGUCAGCGCCAGCAGGAGCGAGUGGUGUGACCCUGUCCCCUCCGGAGCUUCUGUUGCUGGUGACUGUUACCUGUGCAUACCACCUGACCCGGGCAUUGAGGCUGCUGCUCUAGGUACUGGUGAGGCUGCUGCUCUAGGUGCUAGUGCGUCUACUGCCCCAGGUGCUGGUGCGUCUGCCGCCCCAGGUGCUAAUGCGUCUGCUCUCUCACGUACUACGUCGACUCACGCCUUCCACACCUUGACCCUAGACUCGGGUGCGUCCCGCUCCUUCUUUCAAGACCGCACUACUCUUACGCCGCUUAGUCGGCCGGUUGCAGUCUCCCUGGUAGACCCCUCUGGGGGUCCUGUCCUUGCUAGCUUCUCCACUGUCCUACCGUGCCCGGCAGCCCCCUCUAGCACCCUGUCAGGUCUCUACCUCCCCUUGUUCACUACGAACUUGGUGAGUGGAGCAGACCUACAGAAUAGGCGGGUUGACCAGUUCACUCCUGCGAGUCAGCGAGUGACCCACUGCACGUGUGCUCAUACAGGCCGACACUUGGCCACGUUCACCCGUCGGCCAGGGUCGAGCCUGUACACCCUUACUACUGAGUCUCCUCUUGCUGCUGAGUCUGCCCAGGUAGCUACGUGGAGUCAGGUGUUUGCUGCGGCGUCCAGGUCUGGUCAUGAGUCUGGCCCUACUUGCAUCCCCUGCAUCGAGGGGCGAUAG